UAUUCAAGUAUUUCAGUAUUUGUAUUAUUAGUAAUAUAUGGUAUUAGUAAUAUAUGGAUAGUUAUUCAGUAUUAGUAUUAAUAUGGAUAGUUAUUCGGUAUUAGUAAUAUAUGGAUGGUUAUUUAGUAUUUGUAGUAAUAUACUGUAUAUGGAUGUAUUUGUAGUGUUUUCAGUAUUUGUAGUGUUAGUUAUAUAUGGAUGGUCAUGUAUUUUUUAUUUUAUUUUAAUUAUUUUAUUUUCUUUUUGUGAAAUAUUUUUUUUUCAUCUUUUAAAAAACCGACUUGGAAGAAAUCAAUAGUAUAUUAAAAAAACAUUUC